AAGCACGGACCGGGACGGAGCGCUCUGGAAGGCCGGAAGCUAAAGCUAAGAACGGAUUGGGGACGAGGAUGAAAAGAGCGGGUGUGGAGGCGAUGGCAAGGAGUGACGAUCACGGAGUGACUGGUUGCCCCGGGCGAUAGUGGAGCCGGGGAGUGCAGAAGAUUGUGAAUCUGUGCGUUUAGGUGGUUGCUGGAUUGGCUUUCUCGGUGUCGUAUCGAUGUUUUCGGGCUGUGUACAGAUGGGGCGUUUUGUUGUGUUUCAGGAGGGGAUCGGUCGUCAGGGGAGGACUAGAACUUCUAGUCCUCCUUCUGCUGCUGCUUCUAGUCUAGAAGCAGCAGCAGAAGCGGCAGGAGGUCGAACUCAUGUCUACUUGGGCUGUGACCAAAAAUCAGUGGGGAAGGCAAGGGAUGAAUGGGAUUCGUGCCUGAAGUAGUCUAUUUUGCUUAAGAAGGCAUCCAUCAGCUUUGGCUACCUCAAAUAUCGGAGCUUUUUCCAACGACUGGUUCCCUCAAGCGUGCUCGUGAUUCGAAUGCGAUUGCAAGAACUGGAGACUGAAUCUUCGUCCAUUGCUGUUGAGAUUCCUGCUGACGGGGAGUUUUUCUCGUGCAACACCUCUUUUAGUUCAAGGGAGUGAUAUGAUGGGCACUUGAUAGUUGAUUUGUUAAAAGGAGUGAUAGAGGAAGCGACAAAGAAACUAAACAGGGAGAGGUGUUGUGUUUGACUAAGGCACGACAUUAGGAGUUGGGCAUUGGCUGAGAAUGCAGGCGGAUGUAUGCAGACAAGAAUCGGCUUGGUAGCGUCUGUGGUGAGUGAUACUUCUGACAAGAUGGACGCAACAGCACUCCUCCCCACCUCUGUGCUGCGCAACCUCUCCGACAAGUUGUACGAGAAGCGCAAAAAUGCUGCCCUGGAGGUGGAAGGGGUUGUCAAACAACUUACUGCUUCUGGGGAACACGAAAAGAUAUCUGGUGUUAUCCAAGUUCUCACAAAUGACUUUGCGAUGUCUCCACAAGCUAAUCAUCGAAAGGGCGGACUUAUCGGUCUGGCGGCAGCUACUGUAGGCUUGGCGAAUGACGCUAGUCAGCAUCUUGAUAGGAUCGUGCCACCUGUUCUUAAUUCUUCUACAGAUGAGGAUAGUAGGGUUCGGUUUUAUGCGUGUGAAGCCCUAUAUAACAUUGCAAAGGUUUCUCGGGGUGACUUUAUAGUCUUUUUCAAUGAUAUAUUCGAUGCUUUGUGCAAACUUUCAGCAGAUUCUGACCCUAAUGUGCAAAGUGCUGCACAUCUUUUGGACCGGCUCGUCAAGGACAUUGUUACGGAGAGUGACCAAUUCAGUAUUGAGGAGUUUAUUCCGUUACUGAGGGAGCGGAUGAAUGUGCUGAAUCCGUUUGUACGGCAGUUUUUGGUGGGAUGGAUCACGGUGCUCGAUAGCGUGCCAGAGAUCGAUAUGCUCAGCUUUCUCCCAGAUUUUCCGGAUGAUGAAAAGUCUCUAUUUGAAUCUUUGGUUAUUGAAAGUAAAAUGACGUAGGAGUUGCUAGCCAUGAUGGUCGGAAAUAUGUAGUCUUUGUUGUCGUAGAAGAAGAUUGACAAAUCACAUAUCUUGCAAUCAAAUCAAGAUAUGACAAAAUAUACUUGGUUUGUGAGUGAUUUAUUAUCAUUUCUAGAUUAAUGAUGAGUAACCAUAGUUGUAUCAAGUGACAAAGUGAAGCAACAACAACCAAAGUAUGCAAAUAUAAAUUAUGCAUCGAGGUCACCUCCUUGUUGCUCUAAGAAGUAAAUUUCAUAGAGAUGUAGAUCAUGAAUUAGAUAUAAAAUUAUUUUUUUCUGU